GUGGGGGAGAGUGGAGGGAGGCAGCAGAGCAGCAGUGAGAGGAGCAGCGGCCACACGAGAGGAGGGAGACAGUGUACACUCUGACCCACACCACCACCACCAAGGACAACACCAUCACUAUGUCAGCAGCACACUUGAGGCACCUGGUGGGUGUGGCGGUGCUCUUCACCACACUACACUAUGGCUCUGCUGCGACCUGCAGUACCGAGAACAUUUUUGGACAAACCAGUUACAUGACGUGUCCACAGUUAACAGAUGCACAAGAUAAAGUGUACUGCUGUGGAACCAAGAGAAGUCGCUACUGUUGUGACACCCCAUAUGGAGUUGAUGAUGAAGUUCUCAAGCAAUUUGCUGACAAAGCAGCAUUGGCUCUGGCCCAGGUGCAAGCUAGCCCCAUGGUGCCCACAACUGUAGAAGAUCGAGGUGAUCGGUCUAUCACGGGUCGCAUCAAAGUGAAGCUCAAUGCCACACUUAAUGCUGUAAAGGAUGGUGUUAAAAUACGCAUUCAGAGAGUUAAAGAGGCAAUCAAAAGGAAAAUAAAAAAUAAGGCGGCUAACGUAGCUGCAGUGUCUCUGGCUCAGGUACAGCCAAGUCCUGAGGUAGCCAAGACUGUUGAAGAUCAAGAAGGUGUUCGCUCAACUGUGGAUCGCAUCAAAGUGAAGCUCAAUGAUACUGUUACUGCUGCAAAGGACAAAGUUAAAGAAAAAGUAGGCAUUGACAAGGUCAAAGAUAAAAUAAAAGAAAAGGUCAAAGACAAAGUAAAAGAAAAGGCAGCUAAAAAACUGGACCCAACGGGUGGGCAUAUAAAGUCACUUCCAGUGAUUCUUGGAGUUAUUGGUGCACUGAUUUUAGGUUUGAUUGCCAUAUGCAUUGUUUGCUGCUGCUGUUGCCCCUUCUGCCUCCUUCACAAGCACCGCAACCAAGGAACGGUCCAUCAACCAAAACCUGAAGCUUCAGUGAUGCAGCCACUCCAGAGCCAACCACAGCCAUAUCCAACACAAGCUGGAUAUGCACCACAACCAGGCUAUGCCCCUCAACCUGGAUACCCACCACAGCCAGGCUACCCCCAGCAGCAGCCAUACCCAACACAGCCCUACCCACCUGCAGGUUACCCAGCUGACCAGCCUCCAGCCUACUCUGAGAAGCAGUUGGCAUACAACCCCAACUACCAGUAAUGUUGACCAUCUUUACACUGAUGCACAUACUCAGAACUCGUCAACUGCACCAUCUGCUAUUGGCUAGUUCAUGUAAAUUUAAAGAAUUUUGUGAUGGACUGUUUUUAUGCAUGUAUCGACGUGUGGUUCUCCCACGAACUUUAGCUACAUAUCACUUUAACAGAAGCAAGUGUUUUAAAGACCUUUUUAUUUGUGUCGACAUUGUGCAUAUAUAAAAGAUCUGAAAAUGCAAAUGAUAAUGCUGUGUAAACAUUCAGGCUGUCAUUGAUUUUUUGUAUUAAUGUGGGUAAAUAUGAGCUGGAACUAAAUGUGUUCUCAAAACUUCAAUAUUAUUGCAUGGUUAAACUGUUCAACAUUUUUUUGUUCAGUGGGGGAGGGCGGGUGUCUGACAAGUUUAAUACUUUCAUAUGUUAAUAUCAGUCGGAGUAUCAUUUAGUUUUUUGUAAAUUAGUACAGUAUCUAGAAUUGAGAAUAACAGUUGAGAGGUAUCAGUGCAACUAUUUUUAUAAAUUAACUAUGAAUCAGCAACAUGUAAAUGAAGUUGAUAUAUUAUGGAAUAUACCUUGUAAUAUAUGUACUGUACAGGGUGUCCCUGAAUUGGCUAUCUAUUUCUAUGAUAUUGGACGAAUAUUAUUAAAACCUACAUAAUUUAAUAUUACCUUAUUUGAAUAUAAAACGGAUAGCUUUAUAGAUAUGUCAAAACUUUAUAGAGAACUUUCAACAUGUGUUUCAUCUGAAUCCCUUUCAGAUUUAACCUUAGUGUUGUGAAACACAUUUUGCACUAAUCCACUUCAUUUAAAUUUCAAGUUUACGAAUCAGUUUCUGUAAGAAUAGUUCUUGAAAUUUUGUUGUAAAUUUUUCUCUGAUUUCGUUAUCGCAAUCCUUUGAUACGGGAUGUCACAAUAAAGGUUUGUUGUUGUGCAUUCAUUAUUAGGGUUCUCUCUCAAAAUAAUAAUAAUUUAUAAAUAUUUACAUUUAUAACACAAAACAUGAUAAACAUGAGUUUUUUUUUUUUUAUUCAUAAAAUUUCAUAGAAAUAGAUAGCUAAUUCUGGGACACACUGAAUUUCCCAUUACUUGUUUGUAUUAUGUAUCUUAUGGUGGAAACAUUAUUUAAUCACUACUGUGGGCUGCAUGCCAAUAAUAUAUUUUAAAGCUUAGACAAAAAUGUAUUAAGUGUGUAUAGAAUGAAGUUGUGCUCUUGGUGGUGAUCAUCAUUGCAUGUGCAGGGUUACCCAGUGUUGAGGACCUGCACGUGGUGGUGAUCACUGUUGCACGGUGCUGUGGGGUUACCCAGUGUUGAGGACCAGCACGUGGUGGUGAUCAUUGUUGCACGGUGCUGCGGGGUUACCCAGUGUUGAGGACCAGCACGUGGUGGUGAUCAGUGUUGCACGGUGCUGCGGGAUUACCCAGUGUUGAGGUCCAGCACGUGGUGGUGAUCACUGUUGCACGGUGCUGCGGGAUUACCCAGUGUUGAGGUCCAGCACGUGGUGGUGAUCAUUGUUGCACGGUGCUGCGGGAUUACCCAGUGUUGAGGUCCAGCACGUGGUGGUGAUCAUUGUUGCACGGUGCUGCGGGAUUACCCAGUGUUGAGGUCCAGCACGUGGUGGUGAUCAUUGUUGCACGGUGCUGCGGGAUUACCCAGUGUUGAGGACCUGCACGUGGUGGUGAUCAUUGUUGCACGGUGCUGCGGGAUUACCCAGUGUUGAGGUCCAGCACGUGGUGGUGAUCAGUGUUGCACGGUGCUGCGGGGUUACCCAGUGUUGAGGACCUGCACGUGGUGGUGAUCAUUGUUGCACGGUGCUGCGGGGUUACCCAGUGUUGAGGACCAGCACGUGGUGGUGAUCAGUGUUGCACGGUGCUGCGGGAUUACCCAGUGUUGAGGACUUGCACGUGGUGGUGAUCAUUGUUGCACGGUGCUGCGGGAUUACCCAGUGUUGAGGUCCAGCACGUGGUGGUGAUCAGUGUUGCACGGUGCUGCGGGAUUACCCAGUGUUGAGGACCUGCACGUGGUGGUGAUCAUUGUUGCACGGUGCUGCGGGGUUACCCAGUGUUGAGGACCUGCACGUGGUGGUGAUCACUGUUGCACGGUGCUGCGGGGUUACCCAGUGUUGAGGACCUGCACGUGGUGGUGAUCAGUGUUGCACGGUGCUGCGGGGUUACCCAGUGUUGAGGACCUGCACGUGGUGGUGAUCACUGUUGCACGGUGCCAUGGAGGUUACCCAGUGUUGAGGACCAGCACGUGGUGGUGAUCACUGUUGCACGGUGCCAUGGAGGUUACCCAGUGUUGAGGACCUGCACGUGGUGGUGAUCACUGUUGCACGGUGCUGCGGGGUUACCCAGUGUUGAGGACCAGCACGUGGUGGUGAUCACUGUUGCACGGUGCUGCAGGGUUACCCAGUGUUGAGGACCUGCACUUGGUGGUGAUCACUGUUGCACGGUGCUGCGGGGUUACCCAGUGUUGAGGACCAGCACGUGGUGGUGAUCACUGUUGCACGGUGCCAUGGAGGUUACCCAGUGUUGAGGACCUGCACGUGGUGGUGAUCACUGUUGCACAGUGCUGCAGGGUUACCCAGUGUUGAGGACCUGCACUUGGGCCAUGAUUGCUAAUGAUUUUAGUUUUGUUUUUUUACUUUAAACCUUCUCUGUUCUGUUUGACAUAUUUUUCCUGCAUGCCUUCAAAGUUGCUGCCUUUUUUUUCCAUCCAUUUUAUAAUUUUAUUACAGAAUAAGCUCUCUAAGCAACUUUAUUUUUUACGUUAACAAUAUCGGUAAAUUAACUUGACUCUCCAUCUUGAAAUACUAUGUCUGUUUCAUAUCUUAUAUUAUUGUACAGUAACCAUAUAUUUUGUUAAUGUGUGCAAAGAAUAGUUUGCUAGGUUAGAAGUGUAAGGAAUUAUGACAUUUUCAAUAGUAUAGCCUUGAUUUAAGAGGAAAAUGUUGCUAGUGAGCAUUAUGCUAUGUACAUCACAAUUCAGUAGGAUCGCUCGUGCAAAGCUUUCCACUCACCGUAGUCGUGACACUUCUUGCAUUCCUCACCAUCAGUCGCUGCACAAAUAUGAAUUUCUCAACUUUAGAAUAUCACUUAUAUUGAUGUUAGAAUUUUGUAAUACUGUUAUUAGACAAAAUUGGAAACUAUUUUCUUUUAUGUAUUUUCUGUAUUAUGUAAAUAGAGGUAUUUCACAGAUCACCUUGUUUGAUACACUUUCCCGGUUCACUGUGGACUGAAGUCUUACUCGUAACAUUUUGCAUUCUUUAACACUGGUCGAGCCAAUGCAUAGGAUGUUUUAGCAAAUGUUUUGACCCUUUUGCAGUUUAGGGUAUUAAAUGUGCAAUCAUUUGGCUGUCAUGUUAAAAGAGGAAUUGGGUAAUGAAACGUGUUGAAUGUAGAAGACGUCUUUCGGAAACUGAGACGUUCAUUCUGCUCACCGAUCCUCUGUACGAUUAGUAUAUCCCCAAGAUUUUGCAUAUCUUCAUAUCUAAGAAAAUUAAGGAUUUUUUGUUAUCAAUCCAGAGAAGUUUGUGUUGCAUUAAUCUGAGAUUUUCAUUUAAUUUUGUUUCCCUUGUGAUAAAUUGUUGCUUAAAACAUAGCAAAGCCUAUCAAUAGGACUUAACAGUUUCUGAUCUAUCUUUCCCCCCCCCUGCCUUCCCAAAAAUGUUUUAUUUAAUUUUUGCAUCAUUAACUUGUCUAUUUUUCAAUUUGCCACAUUAUUUAAUAAGUCUUGCAUUUGUAAUGUACCCAUUUCCACAUUGGCCACAAUUGUCUACCCCUUGACGUAAGUACGCUCAAGAUUUACAACAAAUGGGGUCAACUUUUUAAUUAGGUAGUGUAGUUCAUAAACCUUAUAGGACUCACUAGAUAUGUGGUACAGUACAGUAUGUGUUUACUCAGAUCUUGAAAGUUUUCAAUGGUUACCCUCCUAACUUAGAUUUACUGUCCUCCCAGAUGUGACUUCCUCAGUCACAUCUUUGUACUAGAGAUGCAAGUAUUAUCUCCUGUAAGUUUGUAUGAUUAUAUAAAGUUCUUGUUUAUUCAAGGAUAAUACAAGAUCUUUGUUAAAGGCACGAGGUAAUGAAAAAUUUGUUUUGUAGCAUCUUAAGUAACAGCUUUUCUCCAAUUUCACAUUUAAUUUUUUUUAUUUAUUUAACAAUUUUCACAUUUGUUAAAAUAAUAUACGGGUUAGAUUACUUUAUGGAAAGUUCCUCUGCAGUUGUGUGAUUGCAACAGGAUUUUAAUUUGAGGAUAAGUGUUAAGUGUUACCUUGUUAAUGUUAAAUGUAAUCAUUGCAACUGUAGCUAUGGGAUAAAACCUGUAUGAAAUAUUACUGCCAUUUAUUGUUCUCAUAAAUACCUUUACACGCUAAUAUACGCAUGCAUUAUUCUAAAUACAUUAAAUGCAGUUUGAUGUACUAGUGUAUACUCCACACUUCUGAGUGCACAAGUGAGUACAUGCAGUAUGCAUGCCAUACAUGAUGCUGCAUAAUAACAGGCAUGCAAGUAUUGGCGUGUUUACACUGCCUCUGUGUUAAUGUCUACGUUCACAUACACUGUAUGUACAGUAAUUCAGUAUUGCCGACUUGUUCCCACUUUAUCACCUAUGUCUUUAGACUUUUUGUUUGUUUAUACAAGUAAUAUCUAAAUUAGUCAAUGUUAGACUGUAGCUAUAUUAUUUUUGUAUUGACAUGUUAAUGUGUAAACGAAACCAUGGAAGAAAAGAUUCGUUGUAAUAGCGACGUUCUGAUGUCGCAGAUUGUGUAAUGAAAGCAAUUUUCAAUACUUAUUCUCUAAAGAUGAAAUUAUAUGUGUGAAUUAAGUUUCCUUUAAUGAUUGUAUUGAUAUAAAAUUUCAAGUUAAUAAAAGAUAAAAUUUUAAAGAAUGUCUAAUAAUCAUAUGGAACUAUAGUCUUAUUUAAUACUUUUAAAUUAUUGUAGUUGUAUCAUGUUCCAUUAAUGGGACUUAUGUUACACAAAAGAUUUAGAUUUUCAAGAGACAAUUAAAUCUUUAUUAAGGUUGUAAUUACCCAGGGAAAGUUACAGGUGGAGCUAGGCUUGUUGUCCCUUUUUCAUGUCAUCAUGUAGUGUUCAAUAGAUUUCAAUGGUGUUGGCCAACAGUACCCUCUCCAUUAAUUUAUUCCAUCCAUUUACCUCUGCAGUACAGUAUAAUUUUUUUAUGCCUUUGUUUUGUAUAUGUAUUUGUCCUUUUCUUCUCAGUGUUACGAGUUUCAAGAAUCUUUCAUACUCUAUAACAAAAGAAAAAGAAAAAAUACAUUCUACAGUUAGUACUACUAUUACUACUACUAACAACUAUAGAAUGCCCCUUUUUUUUCUUUUGCUUCAACUUUUGAUCUGGUGCUUAAAAACUUUCCUCGAAGCUCUUACGCUAUUUUGUCUCAAACUAUUACAUUCUACUAUUAGUCUAGUAGAAUGUUAGUAGAACUAACAUUCUACUAGACGUAGAAUGUCUACACCUUUGUUAAAGUAUGGACAUCAAACAGUUUAAUAAUUUCUUCAUUACUGUAUUUGAAGGCUAUUCUGAAAUGAUCAAAGUAACAUAGGCUUCUCCUUGAUGUGUGAUCCUUGAGGUUGCCCUUAAGUGUCUUUUUCACUACUAAGUUUGUAUUUUUGCUUAACUUGUAAACUAAAUUUGGCCUUGUUGUGCCCAUUGCACACAAUUUUGGUCUUAUAUUGUGUGUUACUCCAUGCAAUUACUUUUUCUAGUUCUUUUUGAAGGGCAUGGUGCUUCAUUUUUCCCCACUCUGAAAUCGAGUGGGUAAAACAUUGCCACUCCAGGUAAAUCGUAUAAAUAUUGUAUGGACUUCACUAGUGCCUAAUACCAAGGCUUGUGGGAUCCUGCCAGUAACAUUUCUCCAGUUUUAAAAUUUAUUGUUUUUAAUCAUUGCAUACAUCUUGAUAGAAUAUUUUUGUUCCCAAGUGGUAAAUUUUUGUGGUGUUGUGAUGUGUGCCACCUUCCAGAGCACUCUCCUGAUGGGCACUUUAUCAAACACCAUAUUUAAGUCCACACACACAUCAAGAUCAAAUCUACCAACCAUCUCUAAAAUAUCAUUGUAUAUCAUAAAAAGUAAUUUAAAUUCAAAGUGCAUGGUGUUCCCGUUUGAAAAUUUAACUUGUUUAAUUUUUAUUAGUACUGGAUACCUGUUAAAUAGGUUUUCUGGUAAGAUUAAUUCUUAAAUGCAUACAUGUUCUUUCACUGGUACUGCAACUCAUUCACUUCUCCUAUUUUGUAUGUCUUCUCCAAAGUGAAUAGCCCCUUCGUAAUACCACCACAUUUAAUGACUACACCCUACUUUCAAUGUCAUCCUUUAAUUUUGAGCAUUUCUGAGCAUUUUUGCUAUUUAUGUCCCUAUUACUCACUUUAGGUAGUGGACCUUUUACUUCUCACACCUCCUGCUGUAAUGAACUUACAUUCUCAUUGUGAAGCUUUUAACUGUAUCUACAACUUUCACCGAGUUCUUUUCCUCUUCUAUGGCAUUCUCUAUCUUUAAUGCCAUUUCCUUUUUCUUUACAACGAAGAACUUUAAUUGACUUUGAUCUACCUGGCUUGACACCUUCUGCUCAUAAUUACUUAUGUGGGUCUACUAUACUAUAUUUUGAACCAGUUUGUGAUUUGUGAUGGAUUCCUUUCUAAUCUCUGUAAUGGUCACCCGUUCACUACUAUCCAUAGCUUCCCUACUUUUGUAUAUUUGUGGCAAUAUUUUUUAUUAGAUAAAUGGAGAACUUCAGUGUUCGUACCUUUCCAUCGUCAAGGCUUGUAUAUAGUUGAAAUAGUCAUUACAACUUGUGUGUUUAUAGUAGAUCAAGAAUAUUUUUUUGUUAAGUAGCAUUUAAAUAGAUGUAGGAUCGUUAAUAUAUUAUAGAUUUUUAUAGUUAAAUUGAUGAGCUGUGUUAAAAGGAGUGUUUAUUUUUUUUUUUAAAUUGAAAUAUUAAAAUGUUAUUACCUUUCAGUGUUUGUUGUACGAGUACUGUACAUGCAGACAUGCUUCUUUCUAAUCUUACACUUUUGGUGUUCUAAAGUCGAAACGAUCCUAUAUACUGUAUCUAAAUGUGAUAUAAUGUGUGAAAUUUAAAGUUGAUGCAGAUUUUCACACUUGACUAUAAAUUCUCGACUAGAUGUGAUACCUGAUAAUCUCAACAUUUAUAUUAUUAAUAUUUAUAAGAUAAGGCAUGUUGCACUGGUUUAAAGUUAUAUUAAACAUUGUGCAAGUUCAGUGUUUAAUAAGGCAUGUUGUGUUUAAGUUGCUAGUUAUGAGAUGGAAGGCAGUGAAAAAUAUUGUUGCUUCAGUAAACUAUCCACCACAACUAAGCACAUGCCUCAAUGGAAACAAUGAAGCUGGCUUUUGUAAAUUGGAUGCAGCUUGAGCUACAGAUUUUUGGGUUUGGUCACCACCAAUACACAAGGUUGUUGGUGUGGAAUUAACAUGUUAGAAGGAUUAUAUAUUGUGAAUGUUGAUGACAGUGUUGGAUAUAAUAAACUACACGCCUAAUGGGAAUGUGAGAAACUGUGCUCCAAUGUGAAGUAUGUUUGGAUAGUGAAGUCAAAUUAAAUAGAAUUUAAUAGUUACAGUAUUUAUGAAAGUGUGAACCAAGACAUCACGAACUAAAAAAGCAAGUGUUUCAUCAGAGCAUCAUAGCUGAAAUAAAGAUUUCAAUGUGGAAUGGUUUUAAAUAAUUUGAAACCAUCUCUUUCUUGGGUAAGAGAUGGGCAGAUUUUGUAUUGGUCUCCCAUGCCAGGCUGUUUUAAAAUUGAGAAACUUGUGCUAAAACUACAGUGGUUGGCCAGCGGUUUGGGAGACUUGUUUUAGUAUUAAAAGUAUUGCCAUGUAUCACAAAUGUUUUGCUUUAAUUUGACAAUAAAAAUAACCGACUUUA